CAGCGAGCGUCCAGCCGGCGGGGCAGCGUCUGCGCUUGUCCGAGGAGGGACCUGGCAGCGGGGAAAGAAGGGCCAGGGCCUGUGUCCCUCCUCUAGAGCCUCCCCGUCAUCUGGACGACCCCAAGCUGCUGCACGGGCUUCCGACUUCUCCCUUCAGUAGACGAUUAGAGGGCGCAGCGGCCUCCGGAGACAAGCCCCUCUCGCCCACGCCCGUCGGUCACAACCUUCCAGGACCCGAGAGCAGCGCCGCCCGCCGCGAACUUUCCUCAGGGCAGGAGGACUGCCCAGCUUUUGGCGAGAUGGGCAGCGCUCCAAAAAAGCACAAACACUGGAAGGAUGGACACCACUGCGUGUAUUGAAAGCAUGUUGAAAGGAAAAUAAGAAAGCCAGGAAUCUCAGUAUGAAUCCGUCUAGAUCGAGAUCGGACGAUGGUAGUGGAGAAGCCUCAUCUCAAGACCAUAAUCAUCGUGAAAGUGAGAGAAGAUGGCAGCAAGAGCGUCUCCACAGAGAAGAAGCCUAUUAUCAGUUUAUUAAUGAACUCAGUGAUGAAGAUUACAGGCUAAUGAGAGACCACAAUCUUUUAGGCACCCCUGGAGAAAUAACAUCAGAAGAACUACAGCAGCGAUUAGAUGGAGUCAAGGAACAAAGAGCAUCUCAGCCUGACCUGAGAAGUGGGACAGAUACCAGAGACUCAGAAGUCCCUAGAGAAAGUUCAAACGAAGAUUCUCUGCUAGAAUGGUUGAACACGUUUCGACGCACGGGAAACGCGACCCGAAGUGGACAAAAUGGGAACCAAACUUGGAGAGCUGUGAGUCGAACAAACCCAAACAGUGGAGAGUUUCGGUUUAGUCUGGAAAUCCAUAUAAAUCAUGAGAAUAGAGAAAUUGAAAUUCAUGGCGAAGAUGAGACAGGCAUUCCACUUUCAGAUUUUGGCAGGGAUCGUACUACAAAUAGGCAACAGAGGUCAGCCAGUCCUGUGGCUAGGCGAACGCGAAGCCAAACCUCCAUGAAUCACAGUGGUAGUAGCUCCAACAUCCCAAGGACUAGGCUUGGUUCAAGGGGGCAGAAUUCAGCAGAAGGAUCUUUCUCAACAUUGGGAAGAUUAAGAAAUGGCAUUGGGGGAGCAGUUGGCAUUCCUAGAACGAGAGCUCCGCGUGCUGAUUUCGGUAGUCAUGCAAACCAGUUGGGUGGUAGUGAACUCAGGCAGAGGGAGGGGCAACGGUUUGGAGCAGCACAUGUUUGGGAAAAUGGGGCUAGAACUAAUGUUACAGUGAGGAAUACAAACCAAAGAUUAGAGCCAAUAAGAUUACGGCCUGCUUUCAGUAGUCGAAGCCGCUCGCCAAUUCAGAGACAAAGUGGCACUGUUUAUCGUAACUCACAGAGAGAAAGUAGACCUUUACAGCAAAACGUCAGAAGGUCUGUUAGGAGGAGAGGUAUAACGCGUGUCUUUUUAGAGCAGGAUAGGGAACGUAGAGGUACUGCCUAUGCUCCAUUCUCUAACUCAAGACUUGUGUCAAGAAUAACAGUAGAGGAAGGAGAAGAAUCUAGCAGAUCUUCAACUGCUACACGACGACAUCCGACAAUCACACUGGAUCUCCAAGUGAGAAGGAUUCGUCCUGGAGAAAACAGAGAUCGGGAUAGUAUUGCAAGUAGAACUCGAUCUAGGGUAGGGCUAGCGGAAAAUACAGUCACUAUCGAAAGCAAUAGUGGGGGCUUUCGCCGAACUAUUUCUCGUUUAGAGCGGUCAGGUGUUCAAACCUAUGUUAGCACUAUCACAGUUCCUCUUCGGAGGAUUUCUGAGAAUGAGCUUGUGGAACCGUCAUCAGUGGCUCUUCGGUCCAUUUUAAGGCAGAUCAUGACUGGAUUUGGAGAAUUGAGUUCUUUAAUGGAGGCCGAAUCUGAGUCAGAGGUUCCGAGACAUGGUCAGCAUUUACCAGAGAGGCACUCAGAUCUGAGCACCGUAGGUGCAGUUAAUGACAUCAGCCAGCACAGUGAAGGUUCCUCUCAAAACAGGCGGGCCCGAGAAGACAGCUCUGAAAUGCGUGGUGAAAACGAGACUCCCCAGCCUCCCGCCCGAAACAGUGAUAGCAGAGGUGGCCGGCAGUCGCGAAAUUCAAAUAACUUAGUUGAAACUGGAACACUACCUAUCCUUCGCCUUGCUCAUUUCUUUUUACUAAAUGAAGGUGAUGACGAGGAUCACAUACGUGGUUUAACCAAAGAGCAGAUUGACAAUCUUUCCACCCGGAACUAUGAGCAUAGCAGUAUCGAUAGUGACCUAGGCAAAAUCUGUAGUGUUUGCAUCAGUGACUAUGUGACUGGAAACAAGCUCAGGCAAUUACCUUGCAUGCACGAAUUUCACAUUCAUUGUAUUGACCGCUGGCUCUCAGAGAAUUGCACUUGCCCCAUCUGUCGGCAGCCUGUUCUAGGGUCCAGCAUAGCAAACAAUGGGUGAAGCGUUGGGUCUGUUCAAAUAGUACAUUUUAGUAGAGCUGAGUAUUUAAGCACCCUUUUGUUGAAUUCUUUGUGAUGAGCUAACCAGGAUGAAGAAGAACAGAUUAUUAUAGUUUGCACUAUUUUUUGUGUGCUUUUUUAACUUGUUAAAAAAAUUUAUAUAAAACUUAAAAUGGCAAAUGUUAAAUUAUCGACAAGUACAGAAUAGUCAAUAUUGCUAGAACCAAAUAAUCUUUAAAAUGUUCUUAUUUUGGUAAUUUCGUCAUGCUAAGCACUUUUGUAUCUGCACAAUUCAGUAGGUUAACAAUCAAUCUUCCUUUUCUUAACAGCACAGCAGACUUUAUGUGGACUUUCAACUUCCAUAGGCUUAGUGCCAUGUCCAGACAAUGGUGUCUAAAUAAGCCUUUCGUUAACUUUUUAUUGUAAGGACAAUAUCUUUUCAUGAGAGAGUGUUUGGCUGAAUGUUUGCUCUAUAUAUUUAAGUUACUUGAAAUGUUAAAUUUAAUAUGCAGCAUACCAUAUAUGUAUAUAUAGAUAUAUAAUUUUAAGGGUAAAAUAUUCCGUCUAAAAACUACCAGUUUGGUUCUUAUUUAAGCUUUUGGGCUAUUACUGCAUAUGGCACAAUGUGUAACAUUUACAGGAUCAUCUCUGGGAGGAAAUAGAUAUUUAAAAAUAGAGAUAAUUUACUGAAGCGUCUCUGACAAUCUUACUAGACAGCAAGCAAUAUGUAAUACUGAACAAGUAUUUCUUUACUCAGAAAUGGAACAUGGACAUUUUAGUACAUAUAGAUUAUUUAACUUGCGUUCGGCCUUUUUGUGACUUGUUUGAAUGUGCAAACAAUUCUUUGGAUUAUAUUAAGUAAGGUAUACAAAUAUGCAUGGUUUCUCAAAUUUACUUUUAAAAUUAAAAAAAAAAAAAAAGUCUAUGAAGAAUCAAAUGCAUAGAUAAUGUGUUAAGUUUACUUGGAGGCCAAAAACUCCAAAUAAUACAAAACAAAAAACCCUUAAGAGAAUGUGGAAUUUAUAUGAACACGAAGUAUGCAUUGAAGAUCUAUUUCUACCAAUAAAUAUUAAAACAAAGCUGUAUGUGAACUUC